AUGCGUGUCGUAACAUUAUACAUAGUAUAUCGUUUGCUGAUUAUCUCAUUGGUUUGCAUAUCUUUCUUUUCCUGCAUUAAUGAAACCUAUCAUCAAAGUAAAAUGGAAUCUUACAUAGACAAAGAAAAGAUAGCAUCAGUAGUUAAUAAUCCAUGCCGAAAAUACGGAUGUAUUUGUAAAAAUAGUACGAUAACAUGCGUUAAUGUUGAACCCAGUAGACUUGAUCAACAUAUUCUCAAGCUAGUACCAGAUGCUCACAGUAUUUCGUUCACCAGGUGCUCUCAGAAGCGUCUCAAUCUGCAUAUAUUCGAAAAUUUUACUUCUCUGCACAGCAUUGCAAUCCAUGAUUGUAAUAUAAAACAAAUUUUUCCGUUUGCUUCGAAUUCUCUGCGAAGCUUACGUAUUCUAAAUCUGAGCCGCAAUUAUUUGUGGGACUGGAAUGAAACUUGUGUAACCUUGAAUCAGCUGUCGUCAGUACAAAUAGUUGAUUUAUCCCAUAACUGGUUAACCAAGUUAUCUCAUACUGAUCAGUGUACAGUCAAUAAAAUGCAGCAUCUCAAUUUAUCGUCUAAUCAAAUUUCAGAAUUAUCUGUAGUGCCAAAUGCAGUGUCGCUGGAUCUCUCUUCAAAUGGAUUAACACGAAUUUAUGGUGAAUGGCCAUUUUCAUUAGAAGAUUUAAAUUUAUCCAAUAAUCCUUCACUGGAACGAUUUCCUUCACUUUCCUUAAUUCCUCAGUUAUCUGAUUUAAAUAUGGACAAUUGUGGAUUAAUAGUUUUCCCAUUAUUCAUUUCAUCGAAUUUACGACGUCUGUCAUUGGAGUAUAAUAAAUUGACUUUUAUCGAUUUCGAUUCACUUAACUUACCUUCAUUACAGCAGUUGAAUUUGAGGAACAGUUUACGAUUAUACAGUAUUGUUGGCACAUUACCGAUUACAGUAAAUGAUUUCCGUUUGACAAACACACCAAUGAGAUAUCUACCGCCAAAUUUCUUCAUAAGAGCAAAAAAUCUUCGUUUUAUUGAAAUGGCGCCAAAUAAUUGGAGUUGUGAUAAUUGCCUCAGCCAAUGGAGAAAAAUGGUACCAUUAAAUCUACGAUCACAGAUGGAUUGUGCAGAUGAUUUACUUAAUAAUUGUUCUAUAGGUAUUUCGAGGCGAGUUGAAAGAGGUGCUAAAUAUAUUUUAAGAGUUCAUUAUGCAGAAACAGCAAUUUUGCCAUGUGACGCAUAUGGUGAGUUACCAUUAUUUGCUGAAUGGUGGUUAGUUAGACCCGAGGUAUUGAUUGGAAGUUAUGAUUUUGAAAAUCGAAUUAUUACAAUGAAUUGGACCCGGAGCGGUAUUUAUGAAAUUAUUCCUGGUGGCCUCCUUCUUAUCAACAGUGCUAAGAAAGAAUUGGUUGAACGAUACAGAUGUACGGUGUCAAAUUCAAAAGGAAAUGCUUCACAAGUGGUACACUUCCGUUUGGAUUAUUCAAGUUGGUUCCAUUUGGAGAUGGCAAAGUCGGUAUUUUGGGGCAGCAUUCUAGCUGCAAUGAUUACUUGUGGUAUUACUUUCAUUUUCAAUUUAUUUUGGAUCUCCUGUCGACAGAUUGCUUUAUGGUGGAUCGAAAGAAUUGAACGAAAUUCACGUGUUCGUGAAAUGGUCGCUGCUGUAGAAAGAUAUCGACAGCGACAAAUGGCUACACUUUCUGAAACAUACCAUAAGAAAUUGGAACAAAUACGAGACAAUUAUCAUCAACAGGUUGACCAGUUAUGCGCAUCUUAUACAUCACAAUCAGAGAGAUUUCGUGAUUACCGAGCAGCGCAAAUGGAAAGCAUGAAUCAGCAUCUAGAAAAUAUACGCGACAAUUACAACCAACAGAUGUGCAAAUUGCGAGAUUACGGUUUGAAAAGAGCUGAACAGCUUUGGGAGGGUUAUGAGCGUCAAGUAAAUCGUCUUAAAAUGUUUUCUUUACACCAACGUUUGGGUUUAAUGCGUAAAUACAAAGUGAAACAGCAAUAUCUGAAUAAACUUGUUGCGAAAUUUGCUGAUAAUUCUUCUGAAGAAUUCAUGAAACCGCGUCCAGAAGUUAUCUUCACGGAUCCAAUGCGUGAGUUGGACAUUCAAACGCAUCGGCGAAUGGGGUCAUUUAAUUCUCUUCCGGAAUAUGUGUUGCGCGAGGAUGACGUUUCAAAAACUUUACGAUCUGAAAUAAUUCAGGAACUUCAUGAUCAAAAAUUACACAUGUUGGAUGCUUAUGAUGUUAAUCACGAUGCACCUUGCUGUUCAAAGUAUCUUCAGAAUAGAAGGGAUCAAACAAGUUGGAGGUAG